GUCACAGGCUUUAGUGGUUUUGGUGUAAUGGAAGUUCAGUGGUGGAAGCUGAACGUUGAUUUCGUGAUAUACACAAUAAAACUAUUUAAAAGUUAGAUACCAGACCCGGCCCUAUCUAGCCAAGGUCGUAAAGAAGGAUCGGGACCAGUAAUUCCAUGCAGUUGUCCUGACCAGAAGGUUGGUUGUUUUUGAUGCCUUGCAUCUGAAACUGGCAUUAUGCCCGCAGCAACUGUGGAUCAUAGCCAAAGAAUAUGUGAUGUUUGGGCAUGCAACCUGGACGAAGAGUUGAAGAGAAUCCGGCAUGUCAUCCGCAAGUACAACUACAUUGCAAUGGAUACAGAGUUUCCAGGUGUAGUUGCAAGACCGAUCGGAGAAUUCAGAAGCAAUGCUGACUACCAGUACCAGUUACUCCGAUGUAAUGUGGACUUGUUAAAGAUAAUUCAGCUAGGUUUAACGUUCAUGAAUGAACAGGGUGAAUACCCACCAGGAACGUCAACGUGGCAGUUCAAUUUUAAGUUUAAUCUCACAGAGGACAUGUACGCGCAGGACUCCAUCGAGCUGCUGACGACGUCGGGAAUCCAGUUCAAGAAGCACGAGGAGGAGGGGAUCGAGACGCUCUACUUCGCCGAGCUGCUCAUGACCUCGGGGGUGGUGCUCUGCGAGGGCGUCAAGUGGCUGUCUUUCCACAGCGGCUAUGACUUCGGAUACCUAAUCAAAAUUUUGUCCAACUCCAACCUGCCGGACGAAGAGGUGGACUUUUUUGAGAUCCUGCGAUUAUUUUUCCCCAUUAUUUAUGAUGUGAAGUACCUCAUGAAAAGCUGCAAAAACCUAAAGGGUGGCCUGCAGGAAGUGGCGGAGCAGCUGGAGCUGGAGAGGAUAGGGCCUCAGCACCAGGCUGGCUCCGACUCCCUCCUCACGGGCAUGGCCUUCUUUAAGAUGAGAGAGAUGUUCUUCGAGGAUCACAUCGACGACGCCAAGUACUGCGGCCACCUGUACGGGCUGGGGUCUGGCUCGUCGUACGUCCAGAACGGCACAGGCAACGCCUACGAGGAGGAGGCCAACAAGCAGCAGUCCUGACACUGUGUAGCGCCGCGCGCACCUGACAGCAAAGUGCCCCCCCUUUUCCCCUCGUCGGUAUGUAUGGGAGGGGAUUGGGAAGAUUCCGGAGCUCAAAGGUGGGGGGGGGGGGGGGGGGAUAGGUAGAGGUAAGGUUGUUCUGGGUCUCCUGUGAAACAGGGCCGUGAUAAAUUGUGCAAUUCGUCACAGUCCUCAAACGGUCAAGGUGUUCCAUGUUAUCUUCUGUUAAAAAAAGAAAGAAAAAAACAUGAAGUGACUGGUUGGUUCAUUAAAAAAAAAAAAAAAAAAAAAACUCGUGUAGCUCUUCAAAUGUGGACUGUAAAACUGUUUUUUAGUUUUUCAGGAAACAGACCAUGGGAAAUUGCACUUUAAAGGCCUGAACAGAUUAUUUGCCUUGGAGAGGAAAGCUAGAUCGUUAUUUCUUCCUUGUAAAGAAAUUUAAAUUGAAGACGGUUCGCCCCUUCGUUGCCUUCUCUACGUGGACAUUCUUCCGCUAAACUCAUAGCAUUUAAAGGUGGAAAAUGUGCUUGGGCUUAGAUUUUUAUUUUACUACCAAACUCAGCCUUAAUAUUACCUCUUUUUUCUUUAAUUUUUUUUCUUUUUUUCCCUUUUAUUUUGGUCGCUAAAGCUUGAGGUUGGAUGUUUGGCUCAUUCAGAUGCUAAUAUGCCAGUCACUUACAUGUACGGUUUUACCCUGAUAUAUGAGGGACAUCUGUGUAUGGUUUUUUUUUUUUUUUUUUUUUUUGAGAUCAACCCAUAACUGAGCACGUGCAGCUCACUUUGACACUGGUACAGGUAGAUAUGUGGAAGGCUCAAGUGAUCUGGUUUUGCACUGGUUUUUACUCUAAGUUUAGUGUGCACCAAUUUUACCAUUACAAUUAGGAUAAAUUAGGAGAAGAAACGCUUACUGCCACUAUUCAAUUGAAAUGAGGUAAUCCGGAAUGUCUGUAUGGAGUUUUUCAUUUGCGUUGUUUUAAAAGUGACUUGAAAAUUUGCGGUGUUUUAGUAAAAUUUAAAAAAUUGAAAAAAGUCUAGAGCUUUUAUUCGUUGAAGAAACGACGGUUCUUAACAUAGCCUAAAAUCUUAACCAACUUGAACCCAGAUUUCAGCGGAAUUAUUUUUACCUGUAGUACUGGUUUUCUGAAUGCACGUUCGAGUGCCGUUUGUUCCUUUGUAUUGUAUUGCUUUACAAUCCCUGUACGUUUCCCACAGCCUCUGCAUGUACUCAUUGCGUUUAGAUAAUGAUUUACACUUGCUGUAUAGUUUCCUAGUAGCUUGAGCUUGUACGGAGACGUGAGUUGCAUGAACACAGGUUGUGAUCUGCUGUUGAAUGUUAUUUUCCAUUGGAAGAUUAUAGGAAAUAUUUCCCAUUUUUGGUUUCAUUUUAUACUGCUGUGUAGAGGAUUCCCGUUCAAGAACAUGAGAAAUUAUGCAAUACAUAGGGUGUCUGUUUUUAGAGCUUUUGUAAAUAAAGGCUUCAGACUUUUCUUACACAA